ACAAUUCUGUGAUAAAAUAAUUCGAGUCUAGUAACCUAUCAUUGUUCAGGAUGCGCUUGUUGCAGCCUACUUUUUUGAUGUCAUAGAUGAGGAAGAGUUCGUCCACCUGGCAGAUAUCAAUGCACCAGUCAAUCCUGACAUACAAUAUAGGCAUGCAUUUCAAUUAGAUGAUCUGAACGACGAUGAAUGCAUGAGUUUUUUCAGAUUCCAGAAAGAUGAUAUAUAUCGUCUUAAACAUGCACUGGGCGUUCCGGACAGAAUCACCCUUCCAAACAGAUCAAAGCUAGAUGGCAUUGAAGCACUCUGCAUUGGCCUUCAACGUUACGCCUAUCCAUGUCGAUAUGUGGAUUUAGUGAAGGACUAUGGACGGCCAGUGCCCCAACUCUGUUUAGCUUUCAAUUGGAUUACUAACUUUGUCUAUGAUGCCCACAGGCAUAGGCUGUCAACAUUAGAGCAGGAGUGGCUGGCCCCUCAUCAUCUUAGAACAUUUGCCAAUGCUAUUCACCAGAAAGGGGCACCUAUCAACAACUGCUGGGGGUUCAUACAUGGGACCGUGCGUCCAACCUGCCGACCUAGGGAGCACCAACAACUUGUUUACAACGGCCACAAGCAGGUUCAUUCCCUCAAAUACCAGGCAGUAUCCACACCAAAUGGCAUGAUUGCCAACCUGUAUGGCCCUAUAGAAGGACGGAGACAUGAUGCGUUUCUCUUACGGGAAUCAGGUCUGCUUGCAGAACUUGAACGUUUUUCCCAUGACACAGAUGGCAACGUGCUCUGCAUCUACGGGGACCCUGCCUAUCCACUCAGACCGCAGCUCCAAGUCCCGUUUCCAACAGUGGCCAUAACCCCAGAUCAGGCAGCAUUCAACGGAGCCAUGUCAACUGUAAGAAUUUCGGUAGAAUGGACAUUUGGUGACAUAAUCAAUUUCUUCAAAUUCACAGAUUUUAAAAAGACGCAGAGAAUCUGUCUUAGUCCUUGUGGGAAAAUGUAUAUUGUCUCUGGGAUUGUCACAAAUGCCCACACUUGCAUUUAUAGAAACAUUACCUCCUCAUAUUUUGAACUUGUGCCGCCAUCUCUGGAGGAGUACUUUCAAUGAAUUGGACAAAUUUUAAAAGUUAAUGACUCUUUCAAGAUUUCUAUCCCAUUUCUAUUUCACAUAAAGAGGUUAAUAAAGUUUUCAUAUCAUGUGUGGUGAAUAUUAAUGCAGUUUGUUUUCAUUCUUGCUUGCUGACAGCCAGCUUUAGUUUCAAACUCUUAACAGGACUUAUUUACUUUGUGCAUUUCUCUAGACAGUUAAAUAAACAAAAGUUGCAAUAAAAGGCGUUGCCAAAAAUGUUUUACAUCCCACUUCUCACACAUUUGAACGUAAUAAUGAUUGGAAUUAGCUUUUUUAUGAUUUCUUCACAAGACUCUUGUACAUACAUUGAACAUUCAAAGAUGUCUUAGUGACCAAAACCUUUCUUAGUGUCAGAUGUCUUUUAAAUUAUUAUCUAAGUUUGCAUUGAUUUUACUAUGUAAUGGAAAAUAAAAUGGAGAGAAGUCAAAGUUCAACAGUGAAAAUUGUAUCUAAAUCCAUUGUACAACAAGAAAGUUACAUUUGUCACGUUUUGCUUAAUUUGACAAAAGGUUAUCUCGACAUCCUGGUCAUUAUGCAAAUAGGGGGACUGGUGACAUUGCCCAUUAACUAUUUGUUAAUCAUAGGAAAUUUAAGAUAUUCUAGUUUUCUCCUCGAUGAAACUUUUUGUGUAUUCUUCCCUAAACAUAGGAAAUUUACAUUAUCUGCCUAUAUUCCCUGAAUUGUUAUAUUUGUUUUGUAUUAUUUUGUACUUCUUGUUUUGAACAAAAUAUUGGCGAAUGCCAGUGACGUUCUAAUAAAUUUAAUUCAAUAUUUU